AUGAUGCUGCGUAUGAAGGACAUGAAGAAACUGUUUACCGACAGCCAGAUGAAACUCGAUAGACUUCUUCAAGACCCCGGUUACACUAUUGAGUACAUCAAGGCGCAAUGGGCGAGGCAACGUGAAUGCCAGCUUAAAGCUAUCGACACUGGAAGCAUGAAGGCGUUGACGGAGAAAGUAGCUCAUUUGGUAGGGUUGGAAGAGAACUUGUACGAAUCACAACAAGAGCUCAGGGAACUUCGGCGCCAACGGCGCCACAUUCGAAGUGAAGCCAAUGAGGAACGCAUCAUGUGUCUGCCUAACUCACUUACUCUGAUUGAAGAGGAGAUCAAUUCUGUGAUUUCCGAACUUGGAGCUGAAGAGUUCCGAAAUAUUCCGGGUGCAGCAAGCGCGCAUGGUAAAAGUGUUAUCAGAAUCAGAGUCUCAAAGGGGAGGCUGUAUGAGGCAAAGGUCGGAGUUUUGGAAGAAUCGAAGCAAGCAAAUCUCAGGGCAGCCUAUGAGCGCCAGGUUUCCGGACACAACAAGUCCUUUCCUAGGAAACAAAUCGAAUGCCCCGAGUUUGAAGACAUGAAGUCCUUACCAAUUGACGAUAGUUUUUGGGAUUUUGGUCACUUGACUCACCCAGAAGAACCAUGGGCAACUGAUUCAAGAUUACAAGACGGGAUCAAGUGGUACCUUGAAGUGACUCAUUCCAAGGACGAGUUGCGCAGAGUCGGCCGGGAGUGUAGGCAGUCGAUGAAUUGGGCCAUAGAGACCAACAAAAAGAUUUCAGAUCUCAAGAACAUCGUAUACAGCAAUGAUGACACACUUGAGAACGAGAACAACAAAUGGGUUAUGGGGCUUUUGAUGUCAGAUCGCGCUCAUACUAAGGAGUGGUUGGCUGAGUGCAGGGAAGUUCUCAUGUCUUUGCUCUCCAAUUUGACUCAAACACACUGUCGGUUGUGGAUGAGUUGGAAUCGUAGAUUAUCCACAGUACUAUCUGAAACACGGCAUGAUACAAAUUUAUCGAUUGCUGAGGAAGAAACACGCAAAAAACAGUGGGAUGGUGUGAUUGUUCAUGUCAAAGAGGUGUGGGAAACUAUUGUACAGGCUCCAAACAUUACAGCGGAAGACGUUGACUCUGAUGUUGAAGAGAUUGAAGGAUUGCUUGACGUCGAUGAACUCCUUGGUGGUAUUGAUCCUUAUGAAAUGGUCAAUCCGAAUGAAGAUCUGGUUUGA